UACAUGACCGUUGCGUACAUACGACGUAGGACGUACGCGGUGAACGUAACUGACAUCGAGUCGCAAUUAGUUGAUAAACUGGUCGAGCUCGCGCGCGAAUAAAGUCGAAGUUAUACAGACGAGAGAGAGGGAUAUAUAGCGAUCGACGACGAAGGAUUCGGUGUGCGGCGCGUUAAGCUCCGGUUAACCGCGGCGGCAAAUAAUUGAUUUCGACAGUGUGAUAUUACGUCGCAGCGGAACACAAUGUCCGUGAUUAUGGAUUGUUAUCGUCAAUAGCGGGCGCUACGCGUUGAAGAGGUUCCUCCUGUCUUUCUUUCCGCGCGCAAGUAUUUUUCUCCUGCGAAGGAGAGAGAGAGAGAGAGUUGACGUCUACGAUCCUUGUCGAUCGGUGGAAGCAUCGCCGUAAUAUCGUUUUACCGCAUAGCUCGCGCCUGUUUUUCGUACGACGCGCGCGGCUUUUGCCGAAGACAGUGGUAGGAAAAUUCGUCAGAAAGAGGCAACAAGCGAGCGCCUUGCCCUUUGCCUUUUCUCUUCUCGCUCGUUUUCUCGCUCUCUCUGUCUACCUAUAUCUGUUUCUCUUUACCUCUUUGUCCGUCCGUCUGUGUCUCUCUCUCUCUCUUUCUCUCUCUCUUUCUCUCUUUCUAUCUAUCUAUCUAUCUAUCUAUCUAUCUUCCUUUAUCCGUCCCACCCUACCUCCCACCAACCUUGUGUUGGAGCAUAUAGCUUGUUUGUCUCACUCCAUUACGGUCGACCGUACAGCGAGGCGAAACGCUCGUUCGCUCGUGUAUCUUCGGUUGCAGAGAGUGCAAACGUGAUCGUUGUGUCUCAUCGCUGACCUGUUUGACUGGACUCGAAACUCGCUCUCCCCCAAAUCCUUAAUUAGCAAUUUGUGAUGUGCAAGUACAGCGACGCCGGGAAGACCAUUACGUCGACGAUCAAUCUCGUGCACUCGAAAAGGAAAGGAAUUUUCAUACGCAUAAAAGAGAUGCCCAACAAUCUGAUAAGUCUUCGAAGUCGAAGAAGCUAUCUAACAUUUCGCUUGUACUGAACGUACUUGACCGUGCGACUGAGAAACCAGGUCAAGAUUUGCCUUGAACGGCUUGAGUUAAUAACAAGGCUCUGAGGCCGCUGAAAUGUCUACGUCGUCAACGUGAACGACGGUUGAGCCCGUCUAGAGGGUGCGACAUUGACGAGCGACAGCAGCAGAUUUAAAGCCGCUAAUCAAGUUUUUUCUAAUCAGGACGAUCGACGCAACUUUGUUAUCACGAUGAAGCUGCUGGAGAGUACCCGUUUUGAAGCUAUCAACAGUGCCUUGUCUAUCAAAACCGGAGACAGCAAGAUAAUUGGGAGGAUUGAGAGUUAUUCUUGCAAAAUGGCAGGUAACGACAAACAGAUGUACAAGCGAUUCAAUGCGGAACAGGGAGUGACACCGCAUGACUUGCAAGCUUUAUCACCGCCACAGACAUCCCUAGGAACAUCACCGGCUCAAGGAUACUUGAGUCGCAGUGUCUCUGGCGACGAAGAUGGUCCAUUGUGCGAUACCAUCAGCAGGAAGACAUUAUUUUAUUUGAUUGCCACAUUAAAUUCAGCCUUUCAUCCAGACUAUGAUUUCUCUGAUGCCAAGAGCCAUGAAUUCAGUAAGGAACCAAGUUUACAAUGGGUGACAAACGCGGUGGACGACAAUCUCAGUGCCACCGCGGGUGAUCACUAUCGUACACUGCGUUCCGCUCUGUGGGCGGCUGUGGAUGAUGAGAUAUCAUUACACGAGUGUGAUAUUUACAGUUACAAUCCGGACUUUGCAUCAGAUCCGUUUGGGGAAGAUGGCUGCCUGUGGUCCUUCAAUUACUUCUUCUACAACAAAAAGUUGAAACGCAUCGUUUUUUUCACGUGCAGGGCAAUAAACCCUCUCUAUGUACUGGAUUCCGGAGUUAGUAGUGAUUUCGCUAUGGACGAAGAUGACGAGGACCGAUAUUAGAUUUACACAUGUACACAUACACACGCAAGCACGCACAUUGCAACACUUGCGAAUUUAUGUCCCAAUUUCCACUGAUCACCUGACGAGGUGAAUAUCCGUUUAUUCUUGGCUGUUAGAUAACUUUGAAUCUUGAUACAUGACUUUAUCACUCUGAUGUUUAUAAUAUAUAAUCAAAUUGGUCUGAUAUUCCUUUAGAAGUUUUUUUAUUUUGUGUCAAAUUAUUGGUAGUCACUCUGAGAGUAUUAAGAGGAUACAAGUCUUACUUCUGUAGAUACUUAAGUGCUGGUGAAUCUUUCAAUAUCUGUAACAAAAUGUGCUAUAAGAUAAAAACUUUCAUUUUUCUUACACAGAUUUUAUACACUUACAAUUACACUUGUAUUAUUGCGCACAUACAUGUACACAGACACACAAUAUAUACACGUAUAUAUACGUACAUUUCAUACUACAUUUAUGAAAAUCUUAUAAAUCACUUAGAAUAAACCGUAAAGAUUCUUCUAUCUUUUCGUAAAGCAAUUUAUUACGUUAUUACAUAAUAUAAUGUUUAAGAAUUAUUUUGAGGGCAAAUUGUACGUAAUAAAAUUCAAUGCUGUUA